AUGGCCGAGUGGUCUAAGGCGCCAGACUCAAGUUCUGGUUCUCGUGAGAGAGCGUGGGUUCAAAUCCCACUUCUGACAUUUUCAUUUUUAUUAUUUAGUUUGCAGUUUUUAUUGCUGUUCAAAUUGCCCUUAAUCCUUAUACUUUCUUAUAGAAGGUGCAUUCACAGUUCUUACAAAGUAACAAUAUAUUUGUCUUAG